GUGCACAUUUAAAUGUAACCCCUUCCUGUCCAUUCUUUAAAUACUUCCCCCAUGUUAUGAAAUCCACGGGGUUAAUGUAUUCAACUCUAGGAAAAACAUUCCAGACAGAGCUGCCUUAGGCAAUGGCCUCCCCUUCACCCCACGACCGGAGUCGUCGCCCCAGCGAGGACCAGGAUGAGGAGGACCCAGUGGACCAGAUGAUCAGCAGGACAGGAUGUGGGGAGCUGCACUACGCUGUACAGGAGUGCAUGGCCGAGCACCAGGACUGGAGGAAGUGUCAGAGUCAGGUCCAGACCUUUAAAGACUGUAUGAUGACCUUCCAGAAGGCCCGGAAGGAACAGCUGAUGAAGCAGAGGCCGUCUACAGAGUCGGCCUAGAAGAGCAUCGGGUGGUUUGGGUGUUUUCGUAUCUGGACUGAUAACUGAGAUAUCAACGUUUUAGUUUUGCCGCUGACAUUAUAAUUGGUUAACGUGUCUAAAACAGUCCUUCCCAAAUGGUGGAUCGCAACUGAGAUUUUUUGGGCCACAGCCCAAGACUGGGUCCGUGCUGACUGGGUCCGUGAUGACUGGGUCCGUGCAGACUGGGUCCGUGCUGACUGGGACUUGUGGUUCACAAGAUAUCACAUAAAGCUGUAGGUCUCAACUCAUCAAGUUGUGGGAAAAGACAAUGUUAAAACACCGUCACACUGCUUAGAGCACAGACUGUUUGUCACAGUAUUUGUUAUGACCGCAGAACCUUUUCUCAGACUGUUUUCCCUCUGGGCUUUCCUGAUGCGUCAAGAUUAAUAACUGACAAUUCUCUUCUCUAAAUCAAUCAUGUGGUUUAGGGCUGUGUAUGUGUUGAAAAGCUACAACAUUCACAUUUCAUUCACAGCUUAUAAUUGGUUAAAGGGUGGAUGGGUGUGUGCUUGCCCUAAGAGAGAGAGAGAGAGAGAGAGAGAGAGAGAUCAGUUCCUGUAGUGGCAGAGUUAACAGGCACAUUUUAAUGUGCUUGUAUUCAUUUUGACAUUAAAAAAAGUAUAUAUGUCCCCAUCA